UACAAUCUACGGGCAGACUGGCAGAGUGAGCAAAACAGGGCAUUUCUUUCCACGGAGGGAGAAAGAGAGAGUAACCAAGUUCCAUUUCAAUGGCAGUUUCUUCAAUGUCUACAAUUCUAAUCCCUUCUCUUCCGCUCUCCAAAUCUUCUGCAUCUCCGACUUCCAAGCCAAAGCUCUCUUCUUUCUCUUUGCCCUCGGCCAACGGUGCCUUAAAGCUCAGAGCUUCAAGACCCUCACAGUCAUCCACUAGGGUUCAUGCUGCUCCCGAAGUCCUCGAGUCCCCAGAAACCCUAGUCCCACCUCCAGAAACCCUUGAGGUUGGAAGUUCUGAGGCCCCAAGCACUUCAUCACUCAGUAUUGGUGGAGAUGGAGAUAAGGCCUCACCCAAGCAGAAAAUCAGAAUUAAAUUGAGGUCUUACUUUGUGCCUUUGAUAGAAGAUUCCUGCAAGCAGAUCAUGGAUGCUGCAAGGAACACGAAUGCAAAAACAAUGGGCCCUGUACCCUUACCGACCAAAAAGCGAAUCUACUGUGUUCUCAAGUCACCCCAUGUCCACAAGGAUGCUAGGUUUCAUUUUGAGAUUCGUACCCACCAACGCCUCAUUGAUAUUCUUUACCCAACUGCACAAACAAUAGAUUCCUUGAUGCAACUUGACCUUCCUGCUGGAGUUGAUGUGGAGGUUAAAUUGUGAAGAAGCGGUGCAGUAGCUUAGGUCAAGCUUUGGGGGGUAUUAAUGGUUCACAUGACCUGUUUCAGGUCAAGCUUCCAAGAACAGGUAUCCGAUAAUCCGAAAGAGAAUACAAUGGUUCACGUUCAUUUUGUAGGGGGUGAAUGACUGCAGGAUUACAUUUAUCGAAUGCAUUUGACCCAUUCCUGAAAUUCUUCUGUUUUGUAUAUCAGUUGAAGUUAAACAGAAGGAUCUGCAUACCCAUUAUAUUGAGAAAAUCGUAAACUUCUGGCCUUGGAUAUCAGUUGAAGAAUAGAGAUAAAGAGUUUGUCUUUCAUAUCCUUGUAGUUACAUAUUUCUUCUCUUUGAGGUAGUCAUGUUAGAAUUGUAUGAACUUCCUAAACAUGCAAUGUCAUUACCAUGUUAAUUC